UUAAGAGUAAUUAUAGCAUCAUUUAUUAAUGCCGCUCAUUUUUACAAAAUAUAUUUAUAAUGAGGUGAUAUAAUUAAAGAAUUCUCUUUUUAUCCAAAGUACUACUUUGGACGCUUUAUAGAGAAUUUCUCAAGCAUUUCUGGCUAGGAGAGUUAUCAGAGAUAUGAACAUGGCUUCCACGUUUCCUCUUGUAGCCAUUCUCUUCAUUUUCUUCAUCACCCCUUUCUCUAUGGCCUCAAAAUUCCCUUCUAUUCUAUCCCUUGCCUGCACACCGCCACCACCCAAAACAUCACUAAUGAACAACAUAUCCAUCACAGUCCUUGUUGAUAGUAUUGUUUCUUCAAUGCCAAAUUACUCAGCCUUCCAUGUUGGAACGACAGAGUAUAACGGCGUCAUGCAAUGCCUACCUGAUCUCACCCCAGAUCUAUGCACCUUCUGCGCCAAUAAUGCUAAACAAACCAUUCAAAAACUCUGCCCAAAUGCUACCGCUGUAACAGCUUGGUUUGAUGGCUGUUACCUUCAAUAUUAUUCCAGGAAAGAUGAUCUUGAUGAGGUUACUAAUUGUUCCGGCUCAAAGCAAACCAGUAUCCAAGACCGUGGUCACUUUGAGCUAAAACUUGAAGCAUUACUUUUAAGACUAAGAGCUGAAAUUUACUUGACCACCCAUUAUAGGUUUUCAACUGGGCAUAUCGAAAAUAGACAUGGUGGCAGAAUUUAUGCACUUGUUAAGUGUAUUCUACCUUUAACACUUGAAGAAUGUGGAGCUUGUGUUGCUAAAGGCAUUGACAAGGUUUAUGGGCAUUGUGGUGGUAAAGAAGGAGGUACCGCGGCUAAUGGGUACUGCAUUGUCAGAUAUGAGAGUUACAAGUUCUUCUCCUACUUCCCCACCAAUAAUGGAGGAAUUAAUGAGAUUGGCAGUGGCGGACGAGUACAGGUUGCUGUGAGGGAUCGGAAUAGAGGGGAAAGAAAAGAUGAUCAUCAUAUGAGUAAAGUUAAUAGGGUGGAAGUAGGGUUGUUAUUAUGGGGAAUUGGAGUGGUUUGUUUUGUGGUGAUUGUAUUUUCUGCUUGGUUACUGAAAAGAACAAUUACCAACAAAGCUAAGGUUGCUGCUUUUGGUGAUGUGGAUCACGGGCAUCCUGAAAGAGAAAGAAGUGAUGGGACUGUAUGAUAUCAUAUCAUAUCUAAUUGGAGUAAUGAUAUUCUUUAUGAGCUGCCAUUAUGCUCUGUGUGUUAGUUGCAAAGGUCAGAAUUUAAUCAAUGAAUGGGGCGAAGAGAAAGAGGCGUGAGAUAGGAGAUCCCUAGUCUACACCCUUUAAUUUCAAAGGAGAUUCUUCAGACUUGAUGUAUAGACCGAAAUUAGCAAG